AUGUCAGAUCUCCAGCUAGAAGACUCAGAUGUGAUCAAGCAAUGCAAACAUGUAAUCGGCCUCUUCAAAGGCAAAGAACGCAACUUCUGGUUCGUCAGGACCCCUGAGUUGUAAGUAAUUCUACUCAGUAAACUGGCAGCUUAUUCUUGUGAAAUCUGGAGUUUUACGGAAAUUUCGAGUUUUUUUUUAAAAAAACCAGGAGAUCAAGAGCUAGACAAGAUCCUUCAAAAAGUGUUUUGACUUGUUUGCCAAACGGUUUAUGACGCAUAAGACUGUUUCACAUCAAAAUCAAAUCAGUUUUGCGAGAGUCUCAAGUGUCUGAAUAUUCAAAAAUCACUUUCCCUAAUUAGCCUCCCGUAUGUCAUGUUUCUCGUUUUCUUUUCACGGUUGUAACGAGACUGCUCGUUUCUCCAUAGAGAAUUCAUUUUUCAUCGAUGACUUGUCGAUGAAAAAUCAUUUUGGAGCACAAAGUAUACAAUAAUAUGAUUGUUUCAGUCUAAUUGAUGCCAAAGACAACCACAUUCCUAUCCCAAUUGGUCACCUCGGAGUGACCUGUGACCUCGCCUUUGCGAUUGUAAUUGGGAAAGACCUGGGCCACAACAGUGGCCACGAUGAGAUCAAGAAGGCCAUCAAUGGAUAUGGAGCCAUGCUCUUGGCCAGAACUAAGUCAGUUUCACUUUGACACUCACAUAUAUAAAAUUGUUCUUAUCGGCCUUAGCGUAAUCUAUCCUAUUUUAGAGACUCAGAAUAUGAAGAUCCUGAAGGAACAGGGCUCCACAAAAUCCACGAAUUCUCAGAUGGAACCGCUCUCUCCACCCUUGUGAACACUGAUUAUGCUGUUGGAAUAGAGAAGAGUGCGGUAAGUCGAUCAUGUCAACAAUUAUCUUAUAGUAAACAUCAAUUAUCAUAUAAUUUCUGAUCUCUAAACCGGAAAUAGAUCUUUCUAAAAUACUCGAGAACAAAGUCUUACUAAUUUUACAACAGCACACGAGGUUUUUUGGUCACGUUUCCUUAAAGUAGACAUUUUUUUUCAACCGCGCGUUUUAUCAGCGACCGUCUUUAUAAAAAUGAUUUCAUAAAAGCUUCACGAAACCAAAUAUCGUUCCAACAUUACACACCAACUUAAUUUAGAAGGAAGCUAAAAUCUUUUUCCGAAAAAUCAAAACUCCUUUAUAUUACACAUGACCUCCGUGUUUCAGGUAUGGUACUCGGUAAACGACAAGAACGUAAAGAAGAUCCCCAUUGCUUCCCUUCCCCAUGACCCUAUUUCCUUGGUGUUCGAAGCUCUAAAAUGGGGAACACUAAACACCGGGGACCUUGUUUUAUAUGCCGAAGAUGGAGAACACUAUUGUAAGGCGGGAGACACCAUCGAAUUGGGAUUGGAGAACUUCCUCCGAUCACAAUUCACUGUGGAGAAAAUGAGCGAGCUGCAAGCAACGGUCAAUGAGGAUCUCCAUCGACACGAAAAGAUGACCAUGCAUGUGGUUGAUGAGCUCAUCCAUUGA